AUGACUAAAAAACUUGCUAAAGACAAUAAAGCACCUCGGCGGCAACAGACUAGAAGCCCUACUGAGCCCGAAGAGUCUCCCCAAGACAAUAGCGUCUCAGGAAACGGAACUUCCCAAAAUGUACCUCUCAACUUCCCAAGGCCAAUAACGCCUCCAGUCACACCCCGUCAUUUGACUCCAAAUCCAAUUGAAAGACCUCCUAGCAGGCGCCCACAGAGACAUAUUGGGUUUCAAGAGAACCUUCUGCGUCAAAGGCCGCGUAGUAACGCCUUGCUUGACCAUGGUACUCGUUCAAGAACGCAUACUAGAGCUACAAGCCAGUCAAGAGGACGUCGUCGUUCUACACCAGGAGAGCAAUUGAUAACCAUCAGAGCUCCGUGGUUUUAUAAUCCUCACCACUUACAGUCGUAUUUCUUUUUACGGAAGAAACGUCCUGAUCUUGCGUGCUUGUUCGCCUUGUACAUGGUUGUGAGUUCAUAUAUCUUGCUUGAGCCCAACAUGACAGAGUUCUGGGCAUACAAGUAUUACUGCUGCUGGUUCAAGUACUUGGCUUGGAAAGACCGGAACGCCAGGAGAAGACCAAGUGGCUAG